AUGUGAGGGGUAUCUGUAGUUGCACAGGUAAACAUAGCCCCAUGAAUUGUUGGGUGAAACCUUUUUGUAAGAUUUGUUUUGAGGAAUCUUUUGGGUUGCUCUUGUAGGGCGACUGAAUGAGGUUUGACAAGAGUGCUUCCUUGUCUGUUAACCAUGUGAUCGAGCUGUUCAGCUUGAGAAGAGAAGGCCUUUUGAUUGAUCAGCCAGUGCUACGACGCGGUUCAAUGGCAGUUUUGUGCUUCAUUCAAAACAUUUAAAAUGAGAGGAGCCUUUUUUGAGCAUUUUAUUUUUCAGUUGGAGUAUUUCAUGCAUGGUGUGCGUAUGCGUGUAUGCUCUUUUAUGGACCGCCCGAAUUUAAAAAUCUUUACAAAAUUCUACGUUUCUGAAAUUAUUUCCGACAUCACCAAAAACACACCAGGGCUGUAUCAGUGCUUUUAAAAAAUACUUCUUUUAUAUUGAUAUGCUUUCACCCUCUGGCGAUGCUUGUCAUAUUUUUAGGCUGAUAAAAUGGCGAACAUGCUUAAAUGGUUAAACAACCUUUUUAACUCUUUUUAUAUGCAAUAGUGGAUGGUCAAAAAAGCUGCAGUCCUAUGUCUGUUCCCGCCUUGUGAGGCAAGGUGAAUAUGAAGGAUCCUUGCCAUGGUUCAAUGAUGUCUAAAAUGUCUUGAUUAAAUUAGAGAAGAAACAUGAAGAUGCUGGCUGUUUUGGCGUUUUUUCCUUUGGGGUAUUAGAAUAGUCAGUGAAAUUACUGAUUCUACAUUUUCUUAACUUCAGAUAGGAUAUUCUGCACCAGCAUGUCUGUGACAGAGCAAAACUGACUCAGCAAGAAGUUUUAGCUAACACCAUAAAAGGCUAAAGAACAGCUGAAUUUGUUUCCGAAGCAGCAGUCUUAAUUAAUUAAUUACUGUUGUUUGAAAAGGUGUCUAACAGGCUUGUACCCUUCUCCUUCUCCACCCCGUGUCUCUGCUGUCUUUACGUUUUUUGGGAGGUGAGGUCUGUUACUUACAAUUUUGAAAAUGAACAUAUGGAUAUUGGUGCUGGUGAUUGGGAGAGUAUAUCGUCAGCCUCUGCUUUUGAUAUAUUGAUGGGUUAGAUGAGGAAAGCAGCAGGUGGCUUGUGUGAAGCAUAAACUCCAACACAGUAUUGGGCUGAGAAGUCUGAUUGUGUUGCAGAAGUCAGUAAGAUACAUCCACCUCAGAUGUUGUGGAUUCAGACAUAACUGGAGCUUGUAGCUUGUGUGGGGCAGAACUGGGAAAGCACAGCAUCAUUUGAUUUGCAGUUUUCAUGAGGCAUUAAAUUUCUGACUGUUCCAGUUGCUAUGGUUGGGGAAGAUGGCAGCCCCCAAAAGAUUUCUGGUAAGGAAGUGCCGCUGGGAAUCCAUUCUAAAAAUGCUGCAACUCUCCACCAGCCUGACAGCAUCUGAGAUUAGUGGUUAAAGUUUGAGGAAUUAGAGGUGGAAAUGGAGCUCCCAAAUCACGCCAAACAACUGCUGCUGCAGCUAAACCAACAGAGAAGCAAGGGGUUCUUCUGUGACGUUAUCAUUGUGGUGGAGAAUGCCCUGUUCCGUGCCCACAAGAACAUCCUGGCAGCCAGUAGCAUGUACUUCAAGUCCCUCGUGCUCCAUGACAACUUGAUCAACCUGGACACUGAUAUGGUCAACGCCACCAUCUUCCGACAGAUCCUCGAUUUUAUCUACACCGGGAAGCUCCUGGGCACGGACCAGGCCAGCGAGCAGAACUUUAACGCCCUCCUGACGGCGGCCAGCUACCUCCAGCUCCACGACCUCGCCGCCGUGUGCAGGAAGAAGAUGAAGCGCAUCGGCAAGACUUUGCACGGCAAACUGGUGGGCCCAGGCCCAGGGAAACCCGGGCGAGGGCACCGGCUGCCCUCUGCCCCUGUCAUCCAGCCGCGCUACUCGGGCUCCCCCGAGGCUCUCCAGAGGCUCCAGGCUGGGGAGCUGCACCGGGUGGAAGUCACCGGGGAUGAGUUGUACCUCGCUAGCUCGAACAAAGGAAACCCUCACUCUCUCGGCCAGAACGGCGGCACCAGCAAAAGCAGCAAUACUAAUAACAGCACCAACAGCAACAAGGGGGAGCACGAGCAGAUGCUGGGCCUGGACCUGUCCAAGAAAAGCCCCUCGGUCCCUCCCCACAUGUCUCAGGAAGACAUGCAGCUCGGAGAGUGCAGUCAAGGCGGCUCUCCGCAUCCUGCCUCUGUUUCUACCACCAACAGUGCCCCCUUCGAAGAUGGCGCCGCCAACCCUCACAAAGCAGAGAACAGUGAUUGCCCGGAGAGGAGUGAUCUGGCCUCUGACGCCCAGAUCCUGGCCGACACGGGACAGCCCAAGGGCUUCCGCCUGGCGGUUCGGGGUGGUGCCCCCUGGCUGAAGCAGGAGAAGGUGUAUGGCAGGCCGGAGGGCGCCAACUGCCGGGACGAGGGGGCCUCGCUCCUCAACGGGGUCAUCAUGGGUCCCCUGGUCAAGUCGCUGGAGCGGGAUUCCGGGCGUCACUUUGAGCACGCCGUGCGCUGUAAAGAGGAAGAGGAUGAUGAGGUGGAGGAGGAGGAGGGAGGGGAGGAGGAGAACGGCAGAGAGUGCAGCGAGGACAGCGCCCAGAGCGGCGAGGAGGACGCAGUGGCCGGAGGAGGAGGUGGCGGCCACGGCUACAGGCCGGGCCAGGACGGCUUCGAGCCAGCGGGGUACGGCGACAACCUGUACGUGUGCAUCCCCUGCGGCAAGGGCUUCCCCAGCUCGGAGCAGCUCAACGCCCACGUGGAGAGCCACACCGAAGAGGAACUGUACCUGAAGGAGGAGGUGGAUGGUGGCCUGGCUGCCCCCAACCCGCCGUACCCCAGCGACUCACGGCCCUACAAGUGCUCAGUCUGUGAGAAGAGCUACAGGGACCCCUCCACGCUGCGGCAACACGAGAAGACCCAUUGGCUGUCCCGGCCCUUCCCGUGUAACAUCUGCGGGAAGAUGUUCACCCAACGGGGCACCAUGACCCGCCACAUGCGCAGCCACUUGGGCUUGAAGCCUUUUGCAUGUGAGGAGUGUGGCAUGCGUUUCACGCGGCAGUACCGAUUGACCGAGCACAUGCGGGUCCACUCGGGCGAGAAGCCCUACGAAUGUCAAAUCUGUGGUGGCAAGUUCACGCAGCAACGCAACCUGAUAAGCCACAUGAGAAUGCAUACCUCACCAACAUAAGCCAAAGACUCCAACCUCAAUUAUAUAUUUUUGUGUGUGUGUGUGUGUGUGUGUGUGUGUGUGUGU